AUGAUGAGUCAUCUUCCAGGAGUAUUGUUCUUCUGGAAAGAUCCGGAAAGACCAAUUGAUAUGAUACUUCUCCAGUCAGAUCAGUCCAAGAGUUUCGGUAAAGAAGAGCAUUUAUGCUAUUGGGAGAUUCGUUUGACUGGAAUAGCUGAGGAUAUUAUUUUAUCCUUCAAUCUUACUCUCAGAUUCAGCAUAAUCUUUAUCACGAUGAGUCAUCUUCCAGGAGUAUUGUUCUUCUGGAAAGAUCCGGAAAGACCAAUUGAUAUGAUACUUCUCCAGUCAGAUCAGUCCAAGAGUUUUGAUAAUAUCAUAAAGGGAGAUCCGUUUGACUGGAAUAGCUAA